UCCGUGGCUCUGGGGAAGCGACCUCCCAUCUGCGGGGCGGGGAUGCUGGGAGGAAUGCUGGCUGUCCGGAUCAGCGCCGCGGCUGGGACACGCUUCAGCCCAGCCGACGGACCCAUUCUGGUGAGGAGCAGAGGUACUCCCUAAGUUCAUGAGAUGGCCAACACCAUGCAGAUCUCCAAAGAUGACCUGGAGGACCUCAAGGAGGCCUUUGCCAAAGUUGACCUCAACAGCAACGGGUUCAUCUGUGACUACGAGUUGCACGAGCUCUUCAAGGAAGCCAACCUGCCUCUGCCCGGGUACAAAGUGAGGGAGAUCAUCCAGAAGCUCAUGAUCGACAGCGACAAGAAUAAGGAUGGGAAGAUCAGUUUUGAGGAGUUUGUCUAUAUCUUCCAAGAGGUGAAGAGCAGAGAUAUCGCCAAAACAUUCCGAAGAGCCAUUAACAGGAAGGAAGGGAUCUGUGCCAUCGGGGGCACCUCGGAGCUCUCCAGCGAGGGGACCCAGCACUCCUACUCAGAGGAAGAAAAAUAUGCCUUUGUCAACUGGAUAAACAAAGCCCUGGAAAAUGAUCCUGACUGUAGGCAUGUGAUUCCAAUGAACCCCAAUACAGAUGACCUGUUCAAUGCUGUGGGAGAUGGGAUUGUGCUAUGCAAAAUGAUCAAUCUUUCUGUUCCGGACACCAUUGAUGAAAGAGCGAUUAACAAGAAGAAGCUCACCCCAUUCAUCAUUCAGGAGAACCUGAACCUGGCGCUCAAUUCCGCCUCCGCCAUCGGCUGUCACGUUGUCAAUAUUGGUGCAGAGGACUUGAGGGAAGGGAAACCCCACCUGGUCCUGGGGCUCCUCUGGCAGAUCAUUAAGAUCGGCUUGUUCGCCGACAUCGAGCUCAGCAGAAAUGAAGCACUGGCUGCCUUACUUCGUGAUGGUGAAAAUCUGGAAGACCUCAUGAAGCUCUCCCCGGAGGAGCUGCUCCUAAGAUGGGCCAACUUCCACCUGGAGAACGCAGGCUGGCACAAGAUCAAUAACUUCAGUGCAGAUAUCAAGCUUACAGAUUUUGGUAAUUCGGUAAAGGAUUCUAGAGCUUAUUUCCACCUCCUGCAUCAGAUUGCACCUAAAGGACAGAAAGAGGGAGAGCCCCAGAUUGAUAUUAACAUGUCGGGUUUCAAUGAGAAGGACGACCUGCGGAGAGCAGAGUGCAUGCUGCAGCAGGCGGAUCGCCUGGGCUGCCGGCAGUUUGUCACACCGGCCGACGUGGUCAGCGGCAACCCGAAACUGAACCUGGCCUUUGUGGCCAACCUGUUCAACAAGUACCCAGCACUUACCAAGCCUGAAAACCAGGACAUCGACUGGACCCUGCUGGAAGGAGAGACGCGUGAGGAACGGACCUUCCGCAACUGGAUGAACUCCCUUGGUGUGAGCCCCCACGUGAAUCACCUCUAUGGCGAUCUCCAAGAUGCACUGGUAAUCCUACAGCUGUAUGAGAAGAUCAAAGUUCCUGUUGACUGGAAUAAGGUUAACAAGCCUCCGUACCCCAAGCUUGGAGCAAAUAUGAAGAAGCUGGAAAACUGUAACUAUGCUGUGGACUUGGGAAAGCACCCGGCAAAGUUCUCCCUGGUUGGCAUCGGAGGGCAGGAUCUGAAUGAUGGAAACCCAACGCUGACACUGGCCUUAGUGUGGCAGUUGAUGAGAAGGUACACGCUGAAUGUCCUCGAGGAGCUGGGUGAUGGUCAGAAAGCCAACGAUGACAUUAUAGUCAGCUGGGUGAACCAGACCCUGAAAGACGCUGGCAAGUCCACCUCCAUCCAGAACUUCAAGGACAAGACCAUCAGCACGAGCUUGGCAGUUGUGGAUUUAAUUGACGCUAUACAGCCUGGUUGUAUCAACUAUGACCUUGUAAAGACCGGUCAUCUAUCAGAAGAUGACAAACAAAACAAUGCUAAGUACGCGGUGUCCAUGGCGAGAAGGAUCGGUGCCAGAGUUUAUGCUCUUCCCGAAGACCUUGUGGAGGUGAAACCGAAGAUGGUCAUGACGGUGUUUGCCUGCUUGAUGGGCAGGGGCAUGAAGCGAGUAUAAAAGGGCUGAGCUAUGUAAAGAAAACUAAACCCAAACCGCAACACAAACCCAACCUGCCACCCUGGGUGCAUGAGUAGCAGAUCAGCUGCGGCCACGUGGACAUGCUGUUGGCUUAGGAACUGUCGAAGUUCAAAGGACUUGGUUUUGCUUUGCAAGACAAACUCUUAUCAACAUUCUCAGGGAGAGGAGUUUUAACCAACAGCCGUGCUCUUUUCCCAAAGGAAAGUGUUAACUUCUCAAGAGCUCACAGAAAUGCAUUCAUAACAGCCCUGUGUCUUGCAAUACUGCUCUGGAGCUGUCUUCACUUCAUUAUUACUCAGCUACUUGGUGUGUGUUUUACCCCUGAGGGCUAUAAGGUGGUUGGUUUGAGUAGCAAUGGAAACACCUCUAAUCCCUAUCUGCAGUCCAGUUUAAUUUCUGCCACAUAACCCAAGCAUAUUCUAGGUUUGACCAUUUCCUUUGCAAAUCAGUACAGUACAAGUUGGGACCUGCAGGCCAGCUCGCAAUGCUAAGGGAGACAUGUAAUUGGGAAGGUGGAUCUUCCUCUGGUAUUCUCUGUACAUGGUGCUUUUUUAUACAUCUAACUAUAUUGAUUAAUUUACAAAUCAAGCAUGGCAGGUUUUUUUUCCUCUUGCUGCUUAUAAAAAAGGGGCCUUUUUGUUACUUUGGUUUGGUUUUGGUUUAAAGUUCUGUUAUCUCUGAGAACACCACCAUCCUUGGACCUAGCGCGUAUGGCAUCACGCUGCUGAUGGCACGGUUACACCCGCAAACGGAAGUGAAUGCAUUUUUGUUGCAUCUUGGUUCAGUUCUGUGCUCCUAGAAAAUAAGUUUUACAAAAGAUCUGCAUGAAAACUCUAAGGUUUUUUAUUUAAAACGCUGUUGGAUAUAAACCCAUACUCCGUGGGGGGGAGGUUUUGUGCAGGGGAAGAGGCAAAUAUUAGAAACAGCAGGGUUCAAUAAAGUGAACAGCACUGUGCUGGAACACAAAACUAUUUUUACAGAUAAAAGGAAGUGUUGUCGCCAAAGAAGGAAGAUGCUGUAUCCGUAGGUUUUAAUAUUAUCUUGCUUUGGCAAGCUGUUUUGCUAUAUUUUGAGAUCAUAUUGCUAUUCCAAGCUAUUCAAAGUGAUGUAAUAUGGUGGCAAAGCAUUAGUUGAAAUAAAACCUUUUAAAUA